AUGCUUGCCACAACGGUAGCUGUCCAUUCAACCAUUUUCCAUGCUUAUGUGCUGCUAGGGUUCCCCAUGACAAGGAAUUCUCUCGAGUGCUUCAAGCUUGCCUCUGACACACUGUAUUGGUCAUCUUUGAUUGCUCAACUUGUCGAUGAUUUAGGUACCUACAAGGUUGAGAGUGCGAGAGGGGAUGUAUCAAAAUCCAUCGAGUGUUGCAUGAUGGAAGAGCAAGUAUCAGAAGAAGAAGCAGCAAGUCACAUUAAGAGGCUAAUAAGCUCGUCGUGGAAAUGUCUAAACGAGACAAUU